AAAGACUUCAACGGCCAGGUUGCGGUGAGUAACCCAACUUGCGCAAUGAACGAGGAAUCAGAUUAUGAUCGUAUAGUAGAGCUGACGGGACAGAAGGAGGCUCUGGAGAGACAUUAUGCUGUGCUCAAGGAUGAGUUGACAAAGGCAGAGAGCUCGCUGCGCGCCGCAAACGACGAGCUCAAGAGAAGUACAGAUGCGUUGGACAUUGAAAAGAACAAAUCCAAAGGCCUCCAUACGCUCAUCAAGAAGCUCGAAAAGGACAUUGAUCACGAAAAAGCCGCCACCAAAGACGCUGAGGAACGCGUAGAAGAACUCUACUCCGAUCUCAACCAGUCGCGCUUCGCCCACCGCUCUGCCCUCAUCGACCGCGAUGAGGCGCUCGCCGACCACCGGGACUUGAAGCUCCAACUCGAGGAUCUGAAGGAACAAUGGCAAGAGUCGGAGGAGAGGAUUGCGGCCCUGGAGGCUGAGCUGGAAGAGGCACAAAAGGCCGUCUACCAUGCCCAAGACAUAGAGCACGACAUAAGCGCACUGCGCGAGCAGAUUGGCGAACAGGAGCGCACAAUUAUAGUCAAGGAUGAGCGAAUCAGUCACCUUGAAAUGCAGGUGCAGAAGGAGAGACAGCGCAGCUAUCACGCUGCCGACGCGAUUGCCAGAGAAAACGCUGCCUCCCCCAUUGACGAGGACCAGCACAUUGGCGCUAUUGGCGACUCGCUGGCUUCUGAGCUUUCGGCCAUCGAUGACGCAGAGUUUUACGAAAUUGAAUGGAACGACUACUCGCAUAUCCAGGAGACGCCUCUCACCUAUGAGCCAAUUGCGCCCGCCAUUCAGCCGCCUUCAGCCAUUCAUACCCAGGAGUCUGUUAGCAUCUCGCCGGUUGCUGCUCAUGUAUCCCGACUUACACUCGACGUGCGCGAAGCCGGUCGCCUGGAGCCUCGCGAACCCGCUCUAGAUGCACCUUUUACUGUCAGCGUUAAUGAGGGUACCAGCACAGAGCCCGUUGCUGCGGCAGUAUCUAAACACACACUGAUUGUGCGUGAGACGGCAAGCACUGGGCCCAUUGAGCCCGCUCGCGCCCCUCUGUCGAGCAUGUACACGAGCGAAAUUGCCAGCUUUGCACCCCGAGCGCCUGCCCGCGUUGCGCCGAGCAGCUUGAAGCAGCACGAAAUUGUCAGUAUUGCACCACAAGAACCUGGAGUCGCGACAUUAACGGUGAGUGUGAGGGAAGCUGGCAGCACGAUCCCGACAGUGCGCCACAUCUCCACCACGGACUGCUCGGCCCAGACCGACGUCACCCGACUCACAACCGAGUUCGCUGGCUACGCGUCUGUUAGCACGACUCCGAGCGCACCUGUCCGGGUCCGAACGGCUGAAUCUCCUACUCAAACGGAUUCGCCAGUGCUUCGAGACCAGCUCGUCGAUUACGCGACUGUCAGCACAAUUCCGAUUGCAGCCGUUGAAGCCGUCGCUGCAGAACCAGUCGCAUCGACGCUUUCUGGCCCUCAUCUUGUUCUGGACAUCGCUCCUGUUGCACCUACGGUGGUCGAGCGCAAAUUCACCGCCUCCGUCACCAAAGGGACCCAAACCGUGCCCGAGAGCCCGACGGCAGGCACGCCCAACGAGUUUGUCUCUGUCGUGACGAUGCAUGAGGUUCACCCUGAAAACAUUGUUGUACGAGUCAAGCCUAAAGUUCUCAUGCUUAGCAUGGGGGUACAGACGAUUGCCGAGGCAUCAAGUGUUGUCGAUGACAAGGAAGAAGUAGAGCCACGUGCUCCACAGCCCAUUGCUGCAACGGUACCCAAGACGACAUUCGAAGCCGUCAUGGACUGGGUGCCCACUCUGCUCAACCUCGCCCUGGUAGUCUUCUGCCUCUACCUCUACAUGCGGCUCAACGGCUGGCAGCGCGCCAAUGGUGUGGGUCUCGGCGGCGGGCGCGGUAACAGCGCUACCCGCAGCGGCGCAUACGGCAAUGGGCGGUAUCUAUUUGGCCUGUUCCCCGUGGGCAUGAACGAGGGCGAGUCGUGGUGGAGCGAGAAGAUUGCGCGUCACACGUCGUCUGCUGUGUCACGUUUUGAAGACUGGGCCGGACUCGCGUAUGAACCGCUUUACUGAGCCCUUGUCGUUGAGAUGCGGUGUCAGUUCCAGUCGCUCGUGUCCUUGCGGAUUAUCCUCGUCCUCGUUCCUCCCCAUCCCCCUUUUUUUUCUUUUUUUUUUUGCGCAACGGGAUACGCCAAUUUCACGAACGACAACUUUUUACGAAGCGACAUUGCGAGGGGAUUUUUUUUUCUCUCUCCAACCAGACUACUUUUGGCCUUGGUUUUUGUUUUUAUUCUUAUUUUGCACGUUUUUUUCCACAUAAAGCAUCACACACACAUCCAGAGUAAAAAGAUACACUCCAUUACCGCCGCCUUUGAUACCCCCCUUUUUAUUUUAUUUUUAGUUUUUAGUUUUCACGAUGAAAUUGGCAAGAUUACAGGAAAGAUAGGCAUGUGAAUGGGAGAUAGUUGGUAAUGAAGUAUGGGGGUAGUAGCAGUAGUGGUAAUAUCGUGGAAGGAGAGAGAAAGAGAGAGAGAGAGAGAGAGAGAGAGAGAGAGAG